AUGGAACACACGUCACACUGUCUGCCUAAGAAACCUCAUUCAGUCAGUAAUACUCAAUGUGUUGGUCAGUUUCCACACUCAGUCUGUGUGGAUCCCACAACGAAAGGUCUGUUGAGUCCAGAAAUGCGUCGGUUGAGCUGUUCACAAGAUGUGGCUUUUCUCCCGUACAUGAUGGGUUCUGCUAUUGAUGAACACUAUUUCAGCAGUUUGUACAAUAUUCAUUCUCAAGCGUCCUACCACACACACAGCCACCUAGAAGGCUAUUACGGGCCAUCGUACAUCCGAAAAAGGAAUGAGAGAGAGAGGCAGCGAGUGAAAUGCGUUAACGAGGGUUACGCCAGGCUUCAAAGCCAUCUUCCCCAAGAGUAUCUAGAAAAACGUCUCAGCAAAGUGCAAACACUCAAAGCAGCAAUCAAGUACAUUAACCUUCUUCAAGAGGCCCUCGGCUCUGAGAUGUCUAGAGUCCCUCUUCAAGAAGAGAACCACGUUCGAAGCUUUAAUAAUGAUGAAGAACAAGGCUUUUGUCACCUUUUAAGAAGAUCAUUUCAACAAUAG